AUGGCGAGUGUGGUCCCCACAACCCCAACAACCUCCAUCCACGUCCCUGGAAGGAUCACCUUCGGCACCUCCCCUGAUAUCCCAGCAAAGAUCCCCUCCCCUCAUCCUAUCGGAGCUGUCUCCUUCUCUAUCUUUGUCAUUGACUGGAAGGAAACUCCCACUCACCAUGUCUUCAAAAUGGACGUUCCUGGACUCAAGAAGCACCAACUCAAAGUUCAGAUCGAAGACGGAAGAGUCCUCCGCAUCUGCGGCGAGAAGAAACCCGACCCCCGUCAAGACACCGACACGUGGCACUGUUACGAGCGCUGCCCCGGCAAGUGUGACCGCGACUUCACUCUCCCUACCAAAGUCAAUGUAGAUGACAUUAAGGCUGCAAUGGAGGACGGGGUUCUCACCGUUACUGUGCCCAAGGUUGAGUCCCAUGAGAAGACUGUUAUCAAGGCCAUCGACAUUGCUGCCUGA